CCCUGCUUUAUACGGUAGUGCUGCUGAAUUAGUGUUAACACACACUACAAAUCAUGGAUAAGAGCAGAUUUAGAGCGAUGCUUUUAGCAAUAUCCGAUAAACUCGAUGAGGACCAUUUAAAAAAAUUAAAGUUUCUGUGCCAAGAAGACAUCGGGAGGAAAAAGCUGGAAAAGAUCAACAAGGGAAUCGAUGUUUUCGAAUGCCUGAUUGAAAGAGCUAAAAUUGGGCCUGACAACACGGACGUUUUGCGAAGACUUUUGGACGAUAUCGGUCAGAAAGUCUUGGUGGAUAUAAUUGACAACUAUGAGAGACAUGCGACCGGGAGUCCUGCUGAGAUACCGGACGCAAAAGAGCAAGAAAAAAUAAACAUAGCAACAGAAGUAAUGGUUGUACAACUAGGAAGAAGAUGGACUCUGGUUGGAAGAAAACUUGGACUUACCACCACCAAACUGGAAGGUAUAAAGGAGAAACACCAUAAUGAUUUAGAAGAGCAGGUGAGGGAGCUCGUCAGAGAGUGGAUGAAAAUGCAGAAGAACAAAGCCAGAGUCCAAGAGCUCAUCCAGGCCCUCCGAGCAUGCAUGCUGAACCUUACUGCAGAUCUUGUAGAGAAAAAACUUAAAGAAAUUGGCACACUUUGAAAAUGAUCUGACUUUAAAAUACUUUUAGUUUUCUAUAAACAAAUUUUUUUGUCUUUAUUGUCUGUUUUUGGAAGUGGUUGUAUAGUAAACGGAGAGAGCUGUAAUGUGAAUUUCGCUAAAGUGCAAGUGAGCUGAAUUGAAAUGGUCUGUUUACAAAUGUUCCUGAAUAAAUUGUGCACAGGCUUGGUGCAUAUUUGUUAAAGAGGCAUUUAGAGUACAACGGGGCUUAAGGCACCCCUUGAGGAAUGUGUUUUUUUCUGGUUGCAAAGUGUAUUGAGAUUGAGAAAAUACAUUUCUUUUUAUUGAAUAUUUAUGGAAAACAUAAUUUGUGUAAAAAGAAGUAAUAACGGUAGGUCAUUUCGAUUUAAAAUUCAUUUAAAAUAAAGGUGGCAAGAAGGGCCUUUUACCACUUGGUGUAGAUAUAGGGACAAUAGUUAUAGGCCAAUAUUAGUUAACUUAUGCAAAUACUUUUGAGACAGCAAGAUGUUGUUUUUUUUUUGAGUAACAAAUUAAGAUAAAGCUUAUUUAAAAUAACCACUUUAGAAAAGGAUGAACCAUUUUCUGUUCAUUGUAAUCACAUAUAGCAUUUCAUAACUUGGCAAGUAUUCUAUAAACAAAUCAAUCUUAUAUAGUCUUUGAUCAUUUCAGGAAUUUUCAUUUGCUACAAAAAUAUUAAAUGUUACAUCAAGUUACUUCAAAAUCAGCUUCUAGACAUUGCAUGUAAUGACGUCGUAGAUCAGGAAACUUUUGCAGUGCAUAGGGACAAACAGGUGUUUAGAAAAGUGCUGUGGUGGUUUUUGUUGCUAUUUCGUUUUUGGGAAAAAAUCAAAUCAAAAGUGCCUUUUACACUUGGGGGCCUAUAGCCCCGUCGUACCCUGUUAGUUAAUAUAUUUUAUAUUUGUAAUUAUAUUGCAGGACAUAAUAAGUAUCUUAUUAGUAACAUUGGUAUCAUUCAUUCUUGGCAAACAUCACCUCUUUUUUUUUAUACAGGUUUUCCAGAACAAAACUCAUAUGGACUCAUACAACACUCAUAUUUUCUGUUUUUGAACUGUGAAAGGUUUUUGUUUUGUGACAUCAAUGUUACAAAUGAAUAAAGGGAUUGGUAAUAAUUUACAG